UGUUCUGCUCUGGUGAGAUUAGGUUUAUUCUCAGUUUAUGGAGAAAUCUGUCUCAGUUUUAUAACUUUGAAAGGAAGUGAUUACUACCUGGACCUACAAAGGGAGAGUUUAAUUUUUUUCAAAGUGAAAGUGAAACUCUGAGUGUUCGGACUGGAGAGAACAACAGCAGCAGUAAAAUAAAAUGGCUUCUAAGUUUUCAGAGCAGGAUUUCUCCUGUCCUGUGUGCUGUGAACUCUUCAAGGAUCCUGUUUUACUGCAUUGCACUCACAGUGUGUGUAAAGUGUGUUUGCAGCAGUUCUGGGAGGCCAAAGAAUCCAAAGAAUGUCCUGUAUGUAGGAGGAAGUCAUCUAUGGCUGAACCUCCCAUUAAUCUGGCCUUAAAGAACCUGUGUGAGACUUUCUUACAGGAGAGAAAUCAGAGCUCUUCAUCAGGGUCUGAAACAGUUUGCAGUCUGCACAGUGAGAAACUCAAACUCUUCUGUCUGGAUGAUCAACAGCCGGUGUGCUGGGUGUGUCGGGACUCAAGAAAACACACCAACCACAAAUUCUGCCCCAUUGAGGAGGCAGUAACAGACUGUAAGGAGGAGCUCAAAACUGCACUGAAGCCCCUACAGGAGAAACUGAAGAUCUUUAAAGACUGUAAACUGAACUGGAGUCAGACUGCAGAACAUAUAAAGAUUCAGGCCCAACACACAGAGCGUCAGAUUAAGGAGCAGUUUGAGAAGCUUCACCAGUUUCUACGAGAUGAAGAGGCAGUCAGGAUCACUGCACUGAGAGAGGAAGAGGAGCAGAAGAGUCAGAUGAUGAAGGAGAAGAUUGAGAAGCUGAGCAGAGACAUAUCAUCUCUUUCAGACACAAUCAGAGCCAUAGAAGAGGAGAUGAGAGCUGAAGACGUCCUGUUCUUACAAAACUACAAGGCCACAGUGAAAAGAGCCCAGUGCACACUGCAGCAUCCAGAGGAGCUUUCAGGAGCACUGAUCCAUGUGGCAAAACAUCUGGCCAACCUGAAGUUCAGAGUCUGGGAGAAGAUGCAGGACACUGUCCAAUACACACCUGUAACUCUGGACCCCAACACUGUUUCUCGUUAUCUCAUUGUAUCUGAUGAUCUGACCAGUGUGAGAUGCAGUGAUGAGAAACAGAAACUUCCUGAUAAUCCAGAGAGAAUUGAUGAAUAUCGGUGUAUCCUGGGCUCUGAGGGCUUUAACUCAGGGACACACUGCUGGGAUGUUGAAGUUGGAGACUGUACAUUCUGGAAUGUGGGUGUGAUGACAGAAUCUGCUCAGAGGAAGGGGAAGAUAAUCUCCAAAAGUGGAAUCUGGUUUGUGGAGUAUUAUGAUGACAUGGCACUGCCUCCUCUGGCUCGCCUUCUUCCCAUAGUGCAUCCUGGUGCCAUGUGUUCCCCAGGUAAGCGACGCACACACACCCGGCCAUCCAUGUGAUGUAAAAGAAAACGUGAUUUAUCAGACCAGGCCACCUUCUUCCAUUGCUCCGUGGUCCAGUUCUGAUGCUCAUUUGCCUAUUGUUGGACCCUUUGGCGGUGCACACGGGUCAGCAUGGGCACCCUGACUGGUCUGCGGCUUUGCAGCCCCAUAUGCAACAAACUGUCCUGCACUGUGUAUUCUGACCCUUUUCUAUAAGAACCAGCAUUAACUUCUUCAGCAAUUUGAGCAACAGUAGCUCUUCUGUUGGAUCGGAUCACACAGGCCAGCCUUCACUCCCCACGUGCAUCAGUGAGCCUUGGCCACCCAUGAACCUGUUGCUGGUUCACCACUGUUCAUUCUUUUGACCACUUUUGAUGGAUACUGACCACUGCAGUCUGGGAACACCCCACAAGAGCUGCAGUUUUGGAGAUGCUCUGAUCCAGUGGUCUAGCCAUCACAACUUGGCACUUCGUCAAACUCACUCAAAUCCUUACACUUGUCCAUUUUUCCUGCUUCUAACACAUCAUCUUUGAGGACAAAAUGUUAACUUGCUGCCUAAUAUAUCCCACCCACUAACAGGUGGCAUGAUGUGAUAAUCAGUGUUAUUCACUUCACCUGUCAGUGGUCAUCAUAAUAUAGUUGAUCUGUGUAUUAAUAAUAACAACAAAAAUUAUUAUUAUUAUUAUUAUUGUUACAUAUGCACAGCAUGGUGGCUUAGUGGUGUUGCCUCACAGCAAGAAGGUCCUGGGUUCGAAUCUUGGGUUUGAACAGGCAGGGGCCUUUCUGUGUGGAGUUUGCAUGUUCUCCCCAUGCUUGCAUGGGUUUAUUCUGGGUACUCCGCUUUCCUACCACAGUCCAAAAACAUGUACAUUAGGUUGAUUGGUAAUUCUAAAUUGCCCAUAGGAGUGAGUGUGUGUGGUUGUCUGUCUAUAUGUGGCGCUGUGAUGGACUGUCCAGGGUGUACCCCUAUUAAGGCCAAUGAAGGCCUAGGUGUGAAAUGCAUGGCCCGCCACUGUUGAGAAGAGACUCUCUUCUCCUAAGAGACCUGUUCUUUUGCAUAUGACACAUUUGAAUAGGAAAUCUGAUGCAGCCAGCUACACUUUAACAUUAGUUUGCAUUGAUCUUGAGUCAACAGUUGCUUUUCAGAAGUUGUUAAAAGAGGAGAAUAGAGUGAAAAUUUACUGCUUUAGUCACUGUGAAUCUAUUUGUAUUGUAUGUUCACCCUGUUAUUGUGCUGGUCCCCCUUUUGCUGCCAAAACAGCUCUGAUCCAUCAAGACAUGGACUCCACUAGAUCCCUGAAGGUGUGCUGUAGUAUCUGGCCCCAAGAUGUUAGCAGCAGAUCCUUUAAGUCCUGUAAGUUGUGAGAUGGGGCCACUGUGGAUUGGACUUGUUUGUCCAGCACAUCCCACAGAUGCUUGAUUGGAUUGAGAUGUGGGGAAUUUUAAGGCCAAGUCAACACCUCAAACUUGUUGUGCUCAUCAAACUAUUUUUGCUUUGUUGCACUGGGUUUGAAUCCCGGGUUUGAACAGGUAGGGGCCUUUCUGUGUGGAGUUUGCAUGUUCCACAAGCCAAAAAACCUAGACUUGUUUUAAAAAAUUGGCUGUAUUUUCCAAACAAGCUUCUGACAUCCCCCGUCCGCUGAGGCAGCGUGACAGCUUUGAUCAUGGGGUUCACAGGUUUUUGGAAGCAGAACAAGAGAUGGGUCCUUGGCUUUCUCUUGUACUCUCCCCUGGACUGUCUUCCAGCCUCACCCACCACCCGGCUCACUCCAAGCGGAAAGAAGGGUAGUGUUGUGGACCAUGUCCCCUGUCAAAGUCUACGGAUGCCUGUAGCGUACUCAGGCCCAGGUCCAUCAGGCAAGUGAGGACCUUAGGACUGUCAUAUCUGCCAGGUGGGCCAAGACACCUAAGGGGUUAGGGUUCCCUGGAGUGUCCUCCCUAGGGUGGUUUCCCCUACCUCCUGCUCUGCUCUCUCUGGCAUUUUGGGGUCAGUAGGGUCCGCCCUCACUACCUUUUCCUGCACAAAUCUGUUCCCUGGGUCAGAGCCUGGGAGCUCACUGUUUCAGGGUACCUAAGAGAUCAGCACAGGGCUAACACCUCUUUCAGACAAUCUGGCAAUGUGAAAACCCAGGUGUGUCUCAGUGAGUCCUAGAUAACGUAGAAAAAGAGUACAGAAUCCAAUUUGCCUCUCGUCCUCAGGGUGUGUUGCCCACUGUUGUGGCAAGCAUUCCUCCAGGAGGAACUUUUCUUGCUUUUUAGGAAAGAGGCCAUAGAACAUGUUCCCUGCCCAGAUCGGGGCUCAGGUUUUUGCAGCUGAUAUUUUGUUUUGUUUUUUCAAGAAGAUGAAAGAUGAAAUAUCUAAAUUGUCUAGGUUAACUGAGUGUGUUCAAAGAUAUAAAAUAUUAGAUCAUCGAUAAUUUUGUAUAACUAAAUCCAGAGAUAUUACUUAUUGGUCCAAAAACCAGUACACAAAAGCUCUCACAAUUCACCUUGCAUUUAGAAAGAUGUACUAUUACUACUAGCUCUACAGUGAAAGACCUGUGUGUAAUAUUAGACAGCAACUUGUCCUUUGAAAAUCAUAUUUCCAAUAUUACAAAAACAGCCUUCUUCCACCUUAAAAAUAUUGCCAAGCAUAGGAACAUUUUAUCUGUAUCUGAUGCAGAAAAGCUAGUUCAUGCAUUCAUGGCCUCCAGACUGGACUAUUGUAAUGCAUUCCUAGGUGGUUGUCCUGCAUCUUCAAUAAACAAGCUACAGUUAGUCCAGAAUGCAGCCGCCAGAGUUCUUACCAGGUCAAGAAAAUAUGAACAUAUAAAUAUGGGAACAUAUAACCAGAGUUCCCAGAAAAAUCUACAAAAGGGGGUAGAGCGUUUUUGAAAUUAGCUCCCAAACUUUGAAAUAGCCUUCCUGACAGUAUUCAGGGCUCAGACACAGUCUCCCAGUUUACACGUAGAUUAAAGACAUAUCUCUUUAGCCAGGCAUGCACGUAAUACAGCCCAUAACCGUGUACUCCAGUACAUCUGAUUAAAUGCACAUUAUCAUCUAGUGCUUGCUAAUAUUAUGAUCAGCAGCUAUGCUAAUUCCUUUCACUUGUUUUCCUUUUUCUACCCACCCUGAGGCAUCUAGAAAUUGUGCCAGCUCCAGUAGACAGAGGCCAACACUAUGAAGAUUCUGAGGCAUCCAGAGAUGGGUUCUCCAGCUGGGUUCUGCUUCAUGAGGAUUUGGGUAUUCAAGGCAAGGCUGCCAACCCUAUGUGGACUUUGAGGAUGACAACAGCCUAAUUUAUACACACACUAACAUUCUACAUAUGCUGUAUCUGCAUGACACAACUGACUGAACAUAAUUGCAGAAAGGACAUUGUUCAUAUCAUACUCUUACUUUUUGAGUCUGGUUCCUCUCAAGGUUUCUUCCUCAUACCAUCUAAGGGAGUUUUUUCUUGCCACAGUCAGGCUUGCUCACUAUGGAUGAUUUUGUCCAUCAUCUAGGACAUUUUGCGCUAUACAAAAAAAUUGAAUUGAAUAAGGGGUGCAUCUAAUUUUGGACCUGCGGGCUCUAAAAUGUGCACUGAAAAUGCUUACACUCAAACUUAUUCUGAGAUCAGGUCUGAGGACUGAUUUGUGACAAUAGACCUUAAUGGACCUCAAUGGACCUUAAAGAUGGCUAUUUUCACACAGGCAUUCUGCCAGAGCACAGGAAGUUCCUCAGGUUUGCUUUCGGGGUCAAAGCAUACUUUGGGUCUGCUUCACAUGAUGCCAUUUCAGCUAUGGCUCAGGGGUCCCGGAAACCAUCACCAUAGGAACCCCCUUAGGGUCAUAAGGGUUACAUGCCAUGGGCAUUGUAUCCUUCUUAUGCAUAAAAGACUCCAGUUCCUGACGUUGGGUUCCUCAUCAUCACAUCAUUGUUGCAAAAAUGGCACAUAAAUUGCCUGGAGAUGUGGUCCAUGUUUAUAGCAUUGAAACACUUUCUCCCACACCUCAGGGGGCUAUCAUGUGUUAGUGCACACAGACAGCACAUCAGUAGUUUCCUAUCAUUAUCAGUCAUAAGGUCUAUCUGUGUUCACAUCCUUCAGAUUGGAGGAGCAGAUUCUGUUCUGGGCAGAGAUCAGGUUUCUUUCGCUGAGGCUGAUUUUAAGGGCACAUAAAGCAGAUGCAGACUGCCUGUCGAGGCAGGUAGUGGGGCGCAUUUGGCAAAUUUCCAGCCAAGCAGAAGCGGAUAUGUUCACCUUGAAGGAGGCACUGUCUGCUAUAGUAUUCCCUUUUUCAACAGGCCCCUCUGGGCCAGGAUGCUCUGGUAUAAACAUGGAUGAGGCUCCGCCUGUACGCCUUUUCCCAAGUAGCUCUGCUCCCAGAAGUUCCAGCCAGUGCACGCCAUGAUUGAGUCAACCUUCUUCUAGUGGCUCCUUGUUGGGUGGCUCGAGUUUGGUUUGCCGACCUAGUCUCCCUUCUAGACAGCACUUCUUGGGAGAGUCCCGUCAGGAAAGAUCAGUAGCAGGUCGAGGAUAAUCCUACACCCUCAACCCAGAGAUGUGGAAGCUCUGGAUCUGACCCCUUAGAGGGACCAUUUCCUAGAGGAAGGCCUCUCAUCUGAGGUAGUGGAGACUCUAUGGAUUUUCAAAAUAUUUGUAAAAGGUGAGAAUAAGGCAAGGAUAAAGAGGAGAGCAUAAAAAGAUGAUGUAACAGUGGCGGCCAGUCAAUAGGGGGCACUGGGGUGUGCAGGGUGCUGGAUAAACGAGUGUGUAUGUAGGUCUGUAAAGUUUUGAAAAUCAUGUUACUUGAGGCUGAGUUCUGAUUGUCUUUUUUUAAAUUGUCCUUGGGGCGCAGCACUCUGUGCCCUGAACCCUUCCACUUUUGUUGUUAGCGAAUCAAUAUUGUUCUUAUAUAUUUGGCCUCAUGUGAUUGGACCAUUGUCAACAAGUCUCAUUACUGCUCAGCAGGUUGUCAGUGAACGGACAGGUACUAAUUAGUCAAAGUCAAAGAAGCCUUAUUGUCACUUCAACCAUAUAUAGCUGAUGCAGUACACAGCGAAGUGAAACAACGUUCCUCCUAGACCAGAGGUGCUAUACAGUACAAAACAAAGUACAGGUGACACAGACAAACAUAGAGCUAAACUAUACUUAAGGUGCAGUUCUUUAGAACCUAAACAUACAACAUAAGUACACAGGAUGACAAGACAGUGCAGACCAACAGGACAUAGAACAGGGCAUGUGCAAAAUAAUAGUGUUGACAGUGAGUGCAAAGAGAUACAAAUAUUAAUGUGACACGUUUAAACAAGGUCAAUGUAAAGUGACAUAUACAUGUAAACAAGACAAAUUUGUGUGUAAGUGUAUGUGUGUGUGUAUGUGUGUGUGUGUGUGGGUGUGUGUGUGUGUGUGUCCAUGUCCAGCACAGUUCAGUUUUCUGUUGAGAACAGUUCUCUGUGUGGGUCUGAAUACUUCGGUACCUCUUUCUGGAUGGCAGAAGUGUGAAGAGUGUGUGUGAGGGGUGUGUGGAGUCAUCCACAAUGUUGUCUGCUUUACAGAUGCAGCAUGUGGAGUAAAUGUCCAUAAUAGAGGGAAGAGAGACAGAUGAUCUUUUCAACUGUCCUCACUAUCCUCUGCAGGCUCUUGUGAUCUGAGACGGUGCAGUUCCCAAACCAGGCAGUGAUGCAGCUACUCAGGAGGCUCUCGAUGCUCCCCCUGUUGAAGGAGGUCAGGAUGGGAGGUGGAUGGAAGAUGAGCCUUCCUGCUGCUGGGCUUUCUUGGUGAUUGAGCUGGUGUUGAGUGAACAG